AUGCGGGUGACACUUGUUUUUGUGUUUUGUUCUUCUCCCUUCUAUCUGCAGUUUAAACGUCUCCUCUUGUGUGUCCUCUUCUGUAAUAUCUUUGCACUUGCACACUUGCAGCCUGUACAUGCGGCUGUCAAAUCACUUGAUCGUGAUGCACAUACCAUUUACUACAAGAACCAGGCGCCGAAUGUACAAGGUGACUUUCAUUAUGAGUUCCAGACAUCCAACGGCAUUACAACAAAAGCAGCGGGAAAUGAGUUCGGACAUACUGGCGUGGUGCAAUACAUUUCGGCCGAAGGCAUACCCAUCACGAUGACUUAUGUAGCCGAUGCCAAUGGUUACCAUCCGACAGGUGAGCACAUACCAAAGUUACCUGAACAAGUGUUGGCGACACUGAAGCAGCAUAAACGCCAACAACGAACUGUGGAUGAGAAGACAAAAACAAAAAGUAGCGUUAGUCAAAUACUAACAACAAGUAAAAAAUAAGUGUGCUUAAUAAAUAAGGUGUAAUGAUUAUUAAAAAUAAAUUUCAGACAGAAGCUUAGAAUAGAAAAUCAACCAAUAUUCAAUUAUAGAUUUUCAGCACCUAAAAUAGCAUGUCUUAUAUAAUAUAUUUAUCUAUAAUGGUAAAUAUUAUAUUCAUAAAAAUAGUUUCCAAACUAACCUAAAAAUAUCCAAUUAUGGUAAAUGAACAAAAGUAUUUAAAACUGAGUUGUGUUCAAAGCUUUCAAAAAAAAAAAGCUUAAUAAUAUAAUUGCAUAAUAAAAUACAGUUGAACUAGCAUAACUCGAAGUUCUCCUUCCGUAAUUCGGAAGUCUCUCUAACUGGAAGUUUUUUUGUGGAUUAUGGUGAUUCGAGUUAAGUUAGUUCAACUAUAUUUAAAUUCGCAUUGAAAUUGUUUUUGUAAAUUGGAAAUAGUUAUAUGACAAAGCAAAAGACUCGAUUUAUACUAACAGUGGAAGUUUACUUAACUCUAACUACUAUAAUAUGAUUAAGAAAUUAAUAUAUUUCAUAACUGAAGAUUGCCAAUAAGCAAAGAUAUGUAUAUGUAUUACCAUAUACGCAAAUAUGCUGAACAAAUUUCUCAAAUAAACAAUCACUCGUGAAUAUAUAGCAACUAG